ACUUCCCCUUCCCGUCUUGAAAUCUCACCUCUCGCCCCAGCCCUCGCCCUGACACUCGCACCCGCUCCCUGCCAGGCAGGUCUCUGCACGCACUCGGCUCUUCCCAUUGGAGUUGGGAUUCGCUAGCCGUCCUAACUGGGCAUCUGCUGUUCCAGUGCGCUGUUCCCAGCCGCCCCACCCCAGAGGCGGACGCAUCUCAGCUCCAGGUCUGUCCCAGCUGGACGCCCCAACCAUGGGCAGAGCCCUCCUUCCACAGCAGGACACCAGGGAAUGGGAGCUCCCGGCUCAGGGCACCCCCUGGAGAGAAGGGGGUCCUGCCCCCUCUGUGGCCACACUGAGGGUCCUGAUCCUCGCCCUGCUCUGGAGGGGGUCCCUGUCCCUGGAGUCUGGUUAUUCCCUGGCGCUGCCGCAGUCGGUGUCGGUGCAGACGGGUCUCUGCAUUCUCGUCCCCUGCACCUUCGCAUACCCAGCCUCGUUCGACACCGACAAUCCCCGGGACUGGAUCUACGGACACUGGUUCAAGGAUCAGGCCAAUGUGGGCCAGGAUCCACCCGUGGCCAGCAGUGACCCCAGCCGGCGGGUGUCGCAGGAGACCCAGGGCCGGUUCCGGCUGGCGGGGGAUCUGGCACGUGGCGACUGCUCCCUGCAAAUCAAUGACGCCCGACGGACGGAUGCCGGGAGAUAUUUCUUUGGUGUCGAGAAACGAAACUUUAAAUACAAUUACCUCUCCAAUUCCGAUGGCACUGAUCUUAUACUCGCGAUCUCCGUGCCAGGGCUGACGGAGGAGCCAGUGAUCCAGAUCUCGCCGGCGCGGGGGCUGCCAGGGACGCUGCUGGCCGGGGAGCCGGUGACUGUGACCUGCACGGCCCCCGGGCGCUGCUCCGGGCCCCCUCCCCGAGUCACCUGGACGGGGCAGUUCAGCGACACAGCCCGGGACGUCUCAGCCCCGCUGGCGAACGGCACCUGGGCCCGCAGCUCCGCGCUGCGCUUCACACCCGCCCCGGGGGACCACGGCAAAGAGCUCGUCUGCAGAGUCACCUACCGCCCACCACGGGGACCUUCCACCCGCAGAACCGUCCGGCUACACGUCGGCUACUUGCCCAGCGCCCCCAACAUCGCCGGGAUCCUGAUCAGGAAUGGACGCCCCGUGCCAAAUGCCUGGGGAGCUGAGGGCGACGUCGUGUCUCUGGAGACCCAGGAGGGCGACUCCCUGAGCCUGGGCUGUGAGGCUGGGGGCAGAACCGAGGCCACCCUGAGCUGGGCCAAGGGGAAUGAGUCCCUGAGCCUCGGCCAGGGAGGGGCCGGGUGCCUGGAGCUGCCGAAUCUCAGCAGAGGGGACGCUGGGGAGUAUCGGUGCUGGGCGAAGAAUCCCUUUGGGUCAGCCAGCAGGGCCCUGCGCGUACAUGUGCAAUCUCUAGAGAGGACUCUGCAAAUCACCGUCUCCAGAGCCAACAGGAGCGACCCCCAGCUAUUCCAAGAUCCCGGCACCCCGGUGGCGAACGGCUCACAACUCACAGCCCGGGAGGGCGACUCCCUGCGGUUCCUCUGCUCCGUCUCCAGCAACCCCCCCGCUGUGCUGGACUGGAUGACGGGGGGCCGAGCCGUCGAGGGCGCCCGCCCCACGGGGGAGAAUCAGCUGCAGCUGGAACUGCCCAACGUGACGGCCGAGGACGGGGGGCUGUACGGGUGCUGGGCCUGGAACAAGGAGAGCUCUGCCCAGGGGACGUUCCAGCUGCUCGUCGAGUCUCCCACAGGUGGCCUCACUCUGGCAUUUAUUGAAAUCAGCUGCAAAUUCGUCUUCGUGGCGACUGGAUUCUUCCUGGCCUAUUACCUCACCCUGCUCUAUUACAGACGGACACCCUGUCAUGGAAGGAGAAGGAAGGACAGGCCGGGGGCCCGGGAAUCCAUGGUGCCCAACCCUCGCCCUGACACUCGCACCCGCUCCCUGUCAGGCAGGUCUCUGCACGCACCCAGCUCUUCCCAUUGGAGUUGGGAUUGGCUAGCCGUCCUAACUGGGCAUCUGUGGUUCCAGUGCGCUGUUCCCAGCCGCCCCACCCCAGACGCAGACGCAUCUCAGCUCCAGGUGAGCAACCCCUGGACAGUGUCGCUGUGCGGCUGUUCCCAGACUCCCCACCCCAGAGGCGGACGCAUCUCAGCUCGGGGUCUGUCCCAGCUGGACGCCCCACCCAUGGGCAGAGCCCUGCUUCCACAGCAGGACACCAGGGAAUGGGAGCUCCCGGCUCAGGGCCCCCCCUGGAGAGAAGGGGGUCCUGCCCCCCCUGCGGCCACGCUGAGGGUCCUGAUCCUCGCCCUGCUCUGGAGGGGGUCCCUGUCCCUGGAGUCUGGUUAUUCCCUGGCGCUGCCGCAGUCUGUGUCGGUGCAGACGGGUCUCUGCGUUCUCGUCCCCUGCACCUUCGCGUACCCAGCCUGGUACGACACCAACAAUCCCUGGGACCGGCUCUACGGACACUGGUACAAGGAGCCCGCAACUGUGGGCCAGGAUCCACCCGUGGCCAGCACUAACCUCAGCGACACUCAGGGCCGGUUCCGGCUGGCGGGGGAUCUGGCACGUGGCGACUGCUCCCUUCAAAUCAGCGACGCCCGAUGGACGGAUGUGGGGAGAUAUUUCCUUAGAGUCGAGAAAGGAAACUUUAAAUACAGUUACCGCCCCAAUAUGUAUCGCACUCACCCUACGCUCGAGAUCUCCGUGCCAGGGCUGACGGAGGAGCCAGAGAUCCAGAUCUCGCCGGCGCGGGGACUGCCAGGGACGCUGCUGGCCGGGGAGCCGGUGACUGUGACCUGCACGGCCCCCGGGCGCUGCUCCGGGCCCCCUCCCCGAGUCACCUGGACGGGGCCGUUCAGCUACACAGCCCGGGACGUCUCAGCCCCGCUGGCGAAUGGCACCUGGGCCCGCAGCUCCGCGCUGAGCUUCACACCCGCCCCGGGGGAUCACGGCAAAGAGCUCGUCUGCAGAGUCACCUACCGCUCACCAUGGGGACCUUCCACCCGCAGAACCGUCCGGCUACACGUCGGCUACCCGCCCAGCCCCCCCAAUGUCACCGGGAUCUUGAUCAGGAACGGACGCCCCGUGCCAGAUGCCUGGGGAGCUGAGGGUGACGUCGUGUCUCUGGAGACCCAGGAGGGCGACUCCCUGAGCCUGGGCUGUGAGGCUGGGGGCAGAACCGAGACCACCCUGAGCUGGGCGAAGGGGAACGAGUCCCUGAGCCCCGGCCAGGGAGGGGCCGGGCGCCUGGAGCUGCCGAAUCUCAGCAGAGGGGACGCUGGGGAGUAUCGGUGCUGGGCGAAGAAUCCCUUUGCGUCGGCCAGCAGGGCCCUGCGUGUGCACGUGCAGUGUAAGGCAUUUGGGGGUGCUGGGCGAGACAGAGGGGCCUCAGUGGGGGGUGCUGGGCUGCAGAGCUUGCGAAUGGUCAGUAGGGGGGGCUGUGGUGCAGGGGGUGGGCGGGGGAUCCAUGGGGGGCGCGGGGCUGCAGGGGGGCAGGCGGUCAGUGGGGGGUGCUGGGCAGCGGAGCAGGGGGUCAGUGGGAGGCGCUCUCCAAUCUAAUACCUUGCCGUGGGUAUUUCAGCUCCAGUGAGGAAUCUGCAAAUCACCGUCUCCAGAGCCAACAGGAGCGACCCCCAGCUAUUCCAAGAUCCCGGCACCCCGGUGGCAAACGGCUCACAACUCGCAGCCCAGGAGGGCGACUCCCUGCGGUUCCUCUGCUCCGUCUCCAGCAACCCCCCCGCUGUGCUGGACUGGAUGACGGGGGGCAGAGCCGUCGAGGGCGCCCGCCCCACGGGGGAGAAUCAGCUGCAGCUGGAACUGCCCAACGUGACGGCCGAGGACGGGGGGCUGUACGGGUGCGGGGCCCGGAACGAGGAGAGCUCUGCCCAGGGGACGUUCCAGCUGCUCGUAGAGUACAGCCCCCGGCAGGGGACAGGGCUGAACUCUUCCUGUCAGCGCCAGGGGCCCAGCGUCAGCUGCAGUUGCUCCCUGCGCUCCCACCCCCCGCCCCAGCUCCAGUGGCAGGUGGACGGGGAGCCCCUGGCUGGGAACGGCUCGUGGGGGGCCCUGCAGGUCAGCUCGUGGGCCCAGGGGGACGAGGCCGUCAGCACCCUGAGCUGGACGGGGAGCGGGGACAGGGGCCCCCGGAUCUUCUGCCUCGGCUCCAACCCCCACGGGACCUACGCCGCCCUGCACUUUGAACUCAGCCCCCCGCAGAGAGGUGCGGAGGAGCCUGGCAACCUGCUGGGCAUCGGGGUGGCCUGUGGCCUGGGGGUCGCCGUCGGCAUCUUCCUUCUCGGGCUCUGUGUGAUCAAGCUGCGGGGCCGGGAGCCAGCUACCGGGACCCAGGCUGAGCAUACGGCCGACGACUCCAGCCUGAUCUACAAUAAGGUCACCACCAUCCCCAUGGAUCACAAGACUCCAGCCGCCCGCCGGACCAAAGGCGUCCAGGACAGGGCUGCAGCGGCUCAGGGCCCGCUAGGCCCCGGGGAGCCGGAGGAGCUGCACUACGCCUCCAUCGACUUCUCCAAGCUGCAGCGCAAGGGGGGGGAGCCUCCCGAGGGCCCCGCCACGGAAUAUUCUGAGCUCCGGCUGAAAUAGCCCCUCGCGCCAUGGGCCCAGGCUGGGCGUCUCUGGCCCAUCCUGGGGGGGGGGGGUGGGGUGUCACAGUGAGGGGGGAAGGGGGCAAGGGGUUGGCCCAGGGCUGUGGGAAACCUGGGUGCAAAUCCCUGCUCUGGCCCGGACUCACGGCGGAAUCAACUAGGCCUUCGAGAUGCUGGAGCGCUGCAUUGUGGGGAGGUACCCCAGAGUCCUCUGCAGCCGGGUCCCAAAGCCUGCCCCCUCCCAAACCCCACUGCCCCAGGGGGAAAGAGAGCCACUCACCUCUCAGCCAUAGAGCACCUCUCUUCUACCCUGCCUGAGCCCUCGCCAACUCGUUUCACAGAUGGAGAGCAUUUUCAAGCUUAGGGGCAGCAGCUGGCAAGAGUGGAGGGACGGGGCUUGUGGCUAAGGUGCUGGCCUAGUACUCAAGUUUCCUGGGUUCUCAUCCCUGCUCCACUGAAAAUGCCGUGGGUGAGGUUGGGCCAGUUGCUGCAUCUGUCUGGCCUCAGUUUCCUCACUUUGAAAAUUGGGAUAAUAAUGGUGUCCUGGGCUAGUUAUGUUCUAAACCCCUCGGGGCAGGGACUGUGUGUCUGGGCAGCCCCUGGCACAAUGGGCCCUGAUCUCUGUCUUGGUCAAUCAGUGCCAUGUGAUUAUAAAUUCUUAAUAACGAUGCUCUAUUCAAGGUAACAUGUUCACUCCAAAGCCAAAAGCAUCCGACUGUAAAAUUCCAACUUUACAAGCUGUUCCUUGAAAUAGAUUUCCAUGUGUCA